AUGUCCGGAACAAACGGUAACCCAUUCAAUACUCGUGAAUCGGAAAACGAUCUGUCUAAUGAUCAAUAUGAGAUCCCCAACUAUACCUCCAAUAUCCCAAGUUCAGGCAACUCAACGCAAAACUUGGACGAUCUGGAAUUAGAAUACGAUCAAUAUAAAGUCUCAGAGACUAAUAAUAACGACGAUGUUAUAAACAACAACAACAACAACAACAACAACAAUAAUAAUAUUCCAGAGUUAGAAACACAACAAAAUUUAGAUGUUCAAUUCAGUAAUACUACAAACAACAAAGAAAACCAAUAUCGUAUUGUAUCAACUGUAAACCCAGUAAUCAUCCCAAACUACGAUGAAAAGACCGUCUCAAUAAAGGAUUACUACGAUCAUUCCAUUCGUGAAAAUGUAACCCUGGUGGGUGUCAGAGACUACUUCUUGUCUAUUUUCCCCAUCACACGUUGGUUACCCCAUUAUAACUUAACAUGGUUUACCUCAGACUUAAUCGCUGGUAUCACAGUCGGCUGUGUCCUUGUGCCUCAAUCAAUGUCCUAUGCGCAAAUCGCAACUUUACCUGCUCAAUAUGGUCUAUAUUCCUCUUUCAUCGGUGCCUUCUGUUACUCAUUGUUCGCUACUUCAAAGGAUGUUUGUAUUGGUCCCGUUGCGGUCAUGUCUUUAGAGACAGCUAAAGUGGUCACCAAAGUUCUUGCCAAGUAUCCAGAUAAUGAUCCAACCAUUACCGCUCCUAUUGUUGCCACUGCCCUAUCCUUAUUAUGUGGUAUCGUCACCGCAGGGGUGGGUGUGUUAAGAUUGGGGUUCUUAGUGGAAUUAAUCUCUUUAAACGCAGUUACUGGGUUCAUGACUGGUUCCGCUUUAAAUAUUUUGUGGGGGCAAGUGCCAGGUUUAAUGGGGUACAAUAGUAAGGUUAAUACAAGAACCGCUAAUUAUAAGGUGAUCAUUGAAACUUUGAAACAUUUACCUGAUACCAAACUGGAUGCUGUAUUUGGUUUAAUUCCAUUGUUCCUCUUAUAUCUUUGGAAAUGGUGGUGUGACAACAUGGGUCCAAAAUUAGUUGAUAAAUGGUUCCCAAAGAACAAAAAUGAAAGAGCUAAUUUUUACUUUAAGAAAUUUUAUUUCUAUGCACAGGCUGCAAAGAAUGCAAUCAUUAUUAUUGUAUUCACCGCUAUUUCAUGGUCCAUUACAAGGGGGAAAGCUAAGGCUGAUAGACCAAUUUCUAUCUUAGGUACUGUGCCCAAGGGGUUAAAGGAAGUUGGUGUAAUGAAAUUACCAGAUGGAUUAUUAAGUAAAUUGGCACCUGAAUUACCUGCCUCUGUUAUCGUUUUACUAUUGGAACAUAUCGCCAUUGCUAAAUCUUUUGGUAGAAUUAAUGAUUAUAAAGUGGUCCCAGAUCAAGAAUUAAUUGCCAUUGGUGUCACAAAUUUAAUUGGUACUUUCUUUAAUGCAUACCCUGCUACAGGUUCCUUCUCCAGAUCUGCCUUGAAGGCUAAAUGUAAAGUGAGAACACCAUUAUCUGGUAUUUUUACCGGUGCAUGUGUCCUAUUGGCUCUUUACUGUUUAACUGGUGCAUUCUUCUACAUUCCAAAGGCUACUUUAUCCGCCGUUAUCAUUCAAGCUGUCUCAGAUUUAAUUGCUUCUUACAAGAUCACAUGGAAUUUCUGGAAGAUGAAUCCUCUAGACUGUUUAUGUUUCCUAGUGACUGUCUUUAUUACCGUCUUUUCAUCCAUUGAAAAUGGUAUUUACUUCGCUGUAUGCUGGUCAUGUGCGAUCCUAUUAUUAAAAGUUUGCUUCCCAGCUGGUAAAUUCUUAGGAAGAAUUGAAGUCGCUGAAGUCAUUGAUGGAUACGUUGACAAUUCCAUUGAAUCCGCUACCACUGCUGAAUAUUCUUCUGCCUCAUCUCCAUCUUCCGAUAAUGAAACUGAUACCAAGAAAAUUCAAAAAACUUCAUCAAUCUCAUUUGGUAAAGAUGCUAAAGCUGUUGCCGUUUCCACUAGUCCAGUCGAUUGUAAUCCAAAGGUUAGAUAUUACACUAAAUGGGUUCCAUUUGAUCAUGCAUACACAAGAGAAUUAAAUCCAAGUGUAAACAUCCUCCCACCUCCACCGGGCGUUAUUGUUUACAGGCUGACAGAUAGUUUCACUUAUAUUAAUUGUUCCAGACAUUAUGACGUUAUCUUUGAUGAAGUGAAGAGACAAACUAGACGUGGUCAAUUGUUAAGACAUAGAAAGAAAGCUGAUCGUCCUUGGAAUGAUCCUGGUGAAUGGGAAGCUCCUCAAUUCUUAAAAAAUCUGUUCCAUAGGAAGAAGAAAAAUAGUACUGAUGAAGAAUCCGCCGUGGACGUUUCCGAUAAUAGUAGUAUUCGUGAUAAUAGACCAUUAUUGAAAAUUGUUUGCUUAGACUUUUCUCAAGUUGCACAAAUUGAUGCCUCUGCCAUUCAAUCUCUCGUCGAUUUGAGAAAAUCUAUUAAUAGAUAUGCAGACAGACAAGUGGAAUUCCAUUUUGCAGGUAUUGUAUCUCCAUGGGUCAAGAGAGGUUUAAUUAACAGGGGGUUCGGGACAAUUAAUGAUGAAUUCAGUGAUGCUUCCAUCAUUGCUGGUCACUCAAGUUAUCAUUUGACAAGAACUUUACCUGAUUCUGACUUUGAUCUAGAAUCGAAUUUUAGAGAUACUUAUUCUCGUUCUCAAUAUCAUGUUUUUGCCGCUACGGGGACGAAUUUACCUUUCUUCCAUAUUGAUAUUCCUGAUUUUUCCAAAUGGGAUCUCUAA